UUUUUAUCUUAAUAGCAUUCAGACUAGAGAGACAUUGAUCACAAACAUUUUUUCCUCCGGGAUGGGCGACACGGCCUCUCACAUGAGUGACUUUUCAUCCGACGGAAGUUUGUCCCCUUCAUCCCACUUUUACUCACGGAGCUACACCCCAGUACAGAGCCUACCCUACACGACUGAAGUCAAUAUCAAUUUCAAUCAUUUGAGCAGCUCCACGCAGACUAGAGAUAGCAUAGCACGGAGGCCGCCGCAGAGAUCAAAUUCCAUGCCAGUCACUCGAGGAGAGAGUCGGAGACCCCGUGUGCAGAGCAGACACAACAAAGACGGAGGCUCUGUGAUGAAUGUUCCAUCACCAAAGGGCAGCCCUGCCAGUGAUAGGACUCUUGGUGAUCAGAAGAGAGGUGAAAACUCUCGCAAGUCGGCAACGAGGGAACGAAUACGAGGAUCUGGUAACGGUAGUGGACCACGUCGUACAUGUAGGUUAAUGAGUGCUAAUGCUGCCUUGGACAUGGGUAGUGCACAUUCUGAUAGUCAUGGGGUGGGGGAUAGCAGUAGUAAUACCAGUUCUGUCAUGGCACCUGCUUGUGCGGAUGUAUACCUUCUUUCGGAUACUCAGCCAGAGAUUGAGCCAUGUUCUCUACCAGAUGUGAUUGACCCAGCAGACCUUGGCACUGUGGAGAUGGACCCUGGAGUAUCAGAUGAUGAACUCAUGGCUAGACUGAGGCAGCGAGAUGUCAAGAAGGUCCUGGAAGCUCUAGGGGUACCCGAUGACUCUAUAGCGGAUGAUUAUAAGGAUCUGUCUUCUGGUAGCGAUUCUCUCUUUACGGAUGCAGAGCUCAGUCAAUUGGAUAAUGACCAUGAUCUGAAGUCUUUGGAAGAAGAGCUGGGCGGUGAUCUUGACAACGAUGUCUGUCGUCCAGAUGGCCAUCGAUCUCCUACACCCAACCGCAUGGUGAAUGGUAUUGGCCAGUGCGAGUAUGGGGAUUCCUCAGAACUGUCAAAGGAUUCUGUAAGGUCACCUAGUCAUAGCUCCAGUGACUCUGCUCUAGGUGUAGCCUUUGACAAUGCUGCCAGCUCGCCACCACAAGAUCGAGACUCCCCAAUGGCACAGGUAUCCUUCCAAACUCCAGCCCAAGGUCAGGGUCAUCAGACCAACUCUCCUUACGGGGCCGUCCGAGAGUUGGACGAGAAAGAACGCUGGUCCGAGAGGGCCACCAUAGUCACCAAGCAGGAUCAUGAGGAUUACAUGAUCAUCGCUGCUGAGAUCAUCAACGAUAUCAUCCUCAAUCUACCUGUUGGCGAAGUCUCCACAGUUCCUGAUCCAGAAACCCCUGUUGUUUCAUCUCCUGAGGUCAACCAGCCGGACCAGGACUCUGCUCCCAGUACCAAAGACCAAUCACCUCCUAGAGAGAGUAACGAAGAAGCACCCCCUAUAGAGGGUGGGGUCACCAUGGAGGAUGACGUUAGCGCCCCUGCCCCUCCAGAGCCGGCUAGUAAGAACAUCUAUCAGCUGAGCGAGGAGGACAUUGCUAACAUGAACCCAUUCCAGAGUACCAACAAGAUGCAGAAUUCUCCACCCAUUACGAAGAAACCAAUGGCUGACAACCAAUAUUCUGCUGACUUUGAUAACAUCAAGGAUCCCUUCGGUACAUCGAGUAAAGUGGCCAAUACACCGGAGACUGUCACCAGGUCACCUAAGAAGAAGUCUCCCAAGACCAAAUCCCCCACCAGGGAACCUGAAGCGGAUCCCAUGCCUCCCGCCACCAACGACGUCGGUGACGAUGCUGAGAAAGAUGGUCAUAGUCCUCCGUCCCCCAAGGACAUCCUGUUGCAAUCCCCUCAGAUGAACGGCGCGGCUGAUCUUGAUGAGGAGGAUGACUCGAGGCACGAGUACAACGGUGUCCAGCUGCUGUCAACGGGUGAUGGUGACAGCGGGGUUGCUAGUGCAGAGGAGAGGCAACCUGAUGAAGUUAUGCCUUCAUUUGAUGCUCAAGGUGGAAUCCCUGAUGUGAUUGGUGAUGAUGAAUUCAGACCAGCUGAUGAAGCCUCUGAAGAAGGAGGAGGAGGGGGCGGUCAUGGUGGACUCACUCGAGACAUGAGCUUUGAAGAGAUGGAGUUCAGGUUAGCUGAGGAAGUGUUUGCUAAUAGUGAUGCUAUGCAAUUCGAUGUGGACUAUUUGGCACAAGCAGGCAGCUCAGAUAAUUUCAAGGAUUCAGCGUUGGCCAGACAGUCUCUUUACGUCAAGUUUGAUCCGUUGGUUAAAGGGUGCCCUACACCACAAGGCCCUUCAGCCCUGCCUGUGUUAGAACCUGAAGGCGGAGACCUCUUACAGAUGAAGACCCCCUCACCAGGCCAAGUACUCGAUGGGAGGGCCAAGAGGAGAGCAGCCGCUAACCAGAGGGCUAGUACUAGCCCUGACAAUACGGCAGCUAGCAAGAAUGUUGACAGCUUACUGGCAUUCUCUCCAAAUAAUGAUCUAGAUGCAGAGGAUGCAGUUGAUAGUGCUAACUCCAGCACAGAUAUUCCCCCCUCGGUACCUCAGGCAGUCACAAGCAGUGAUGAAGGCAUUGUACAGCUCUUGCGAUAUUCUCAGUCUGAUAUGGAUGCUGCAGUAUUACAAGCAGCUAGGUCAGCAACAGUUGAAGCACAGAGGGUGGCUGAAGAGAAAUACAAGGAGUAUGAAAAGAAAUCCCAAGCAAGUAAUGAGAAAAUCAAAGAAAUCACCAAAGCUAAGGAGACAUUGGAAAAAUCCAGUGCAGAUAUGAGGGCAUUGAUCAUUGAAUAUGAGAAAUCUAUUCAACAACUAAUGGCGGAUGUGUCACAGGCCAAGUCAUCAUCAGAUGACACAGCAUCACAGUUACAGAAAGAAAAGGACCAAGCCCUCGAGGACCUUGCUUCAGUUGAGAGUGCCUUCAGUGAUCUACACAGGAGAUAUGAAAAGUUAAAACAAACGCUUGAUGGCUAUAGAAAGAACGAAGAGACAUUAAAGAAACAUGUGACAGAAUACCAAGCGAAGGUCAAGAAACAAGAGCAGAGAUACCAGACGCUGAAGUCACAUGCAGAAGAGAAGAUUGAAAAAGCCAAUGAACAAAUCGCCAAAGUCACGAAGAGUUACCAAUCUGAGAUUGCUGGUCUCCAGGCAAGCUUGAAGAGAGAACAGAUGAAUGUAGAGGGACUGGAAAAAAAUAUUCAACAAAAGACCAAACAAGUUGGAGAACUGACGAAUAUCUGUGAUGAACUCAUCUCGAAAAUGGGAAGCAGUAGUCAAUGAGAAUAAUUUGAGUGCGAGGGCAGAUUCCUGGGGACGGUUUCAUGAAAGCUAUCAGCACUGACAAGCUUAUCAGCCAAUGAAAUGCAAGGAAAGAUGUCAUAUCUGACAACUUGUCAGAUGACAACUGUUGAUGAUAUAACUCUGUCCUGAUCCAGCUGGAACAAAAGCUACCAUCGAUCUGUCUUGAACACUGUAAUCUUGUGCAACAUAUAGUACUUGUGUAUCAUAUGGAGAUCACAUCCUCACACAGAAACAGACUGUCGGAAGCUCAUGAGGAGUAUACACAUUUGUUUUAUACAUCGACUGGUUGUAUAAUAAAUAUAUAUAUAUUAUUGUGUGAAUUAUGGAACCAUGUGGAGGACUUAGUGAAUACCUGGAUAUGCUGUGAUGCCAUGGUCUUGGAAUUAUCUGAAAACGGUAUACAAUAGAAGAUCAACUUUGCGAGUUGCGGGUACUAUAGAUUUAUGCCCAGCGUGGCAUUCAUUUUCGUGUAUGAAUAUGCACUAUAAUUCUGAUCAUAUGUACUCUUUUUACAAUGGAAAUAAAUUAUGAGACAAACAAUUGCCAGACCUUGCACUACUUCAUGAUAGUAUUUGUAGUGUGACAGUCUUCAUGUCACCGAAUGUAAGCCACAUUUAUUGAGGUUAGUGAUAAUGAAGAAAUAUUAAAAUCUACAUUAUUGCUAUUUUUGUUGUUUUGGGAUAUAUUUUAUUCCUUAGGGCUGUUUUCAAUAGUAGGUGAGAAUGGGGGUACACUUACUUUUGAUUUGGAGAUUGUGCUGUCAUAUUCAUUUUGAUGAAAUGGGAGGCUGUUGCACUUAUCGUCCACUUGUUGCACCCCAGGGGCCUUUUGCAUAAAACUUUUGCCACAAAAAUCU